AGGCCAGCCCUUCUUCCUUAGAAGCGCCGAAGACUAUCGAGAAGGUUUGCAGAGUGUCCCCAGAGCGGAAUUUGGAUUGAGUUGAGAAGGACAUUCGUGGGCCGCCCAGACUGUAGACCACCAAACAGAUCAACACCUAGAAUGGCCACUGCAAGCACCUCUGGACAAAGCCCAUUCGGGCUGGGCAGGAAGAAGAAGGCCCCCGGUCUCCUGGAUCAGAUUGGCAGGUUCUUUGGAGGAGACAAAAAGAAAAAGGGAAAAGGCUCAUUUCGUGGUCAUCUAUCCUCCUCUCCACAGAGACCUCACCACUCUUCCACCCGUCGUCGUGGAGAUGUCAACCCUGUGGUGCAUUUCUUCAGGAGCUUUGUGUCCUCUCCUCGUCCCAAGUCAAGGUGGAGAGAACUAUUGGGCCUGGCUUCCCCGUCAGCGCGUGGCUCGGAGAGCAUUAGAUCGCCUCACAGACGCAGAAGAGAACAGAAUACACUCUCCAGAAUCUUCAACCUGGGAGAAAGCCGAUCUCGCUCUCCACCCAAACGCUGGAGCACCAUCUUCUGAGCCCUUCGCCGACCAGAAAAACACUAAGAUGGAAGAGAGUGAAAAGGACGAAAAGCAAAAACCUGAGCGGGAGGAUCUCUGCCCUAUAAAUUCACAAGUCGCAGCGAGUUUAACAGACUAACAUUGGCCAUCUUCGCUUCCUAGAUAGAGAUACAAUCCAAGUAUCUGUUUUUACAUUCCUGCAGGGUUUCAUAAGCAUGUGUUGACUGUAUGUGUGCAAAACUGCUGCAAUAACCGUCAAUGGUCAGGUGAUGUGAUACGUCUAGUUGCUAUUCUGAAAGUCUCCCUCCAAAA